AUCAGGAAGAGUGUACUGUAUUUCUGUAACGUGUUCUCUGAAGCUGAGCUGAAACUCAUCUCUCUGUGUUCCUGCAGGACUCUAAAGACUCGUCUCACGGCUCGUUGGAGCUCCAUGUCAGGGACACAGUGAAAUGGAGCAAACAUUCAGAGCCGUUACACGCACUCCGGGCAUCAUCGUUUGGAGAAUCGAGAAAAUGGAGCUGGUUCUCGUCCCAGAGAAAAGUCACGGUAACUUUUUCGAAGGUGACUGUUACCUUCUGCUGUGUACGAAGAAAUCAGGCAGCAGUCUGAUUUACAGCAUUCACUACUGGAUUGGCUCGGAGGCGAGUCAGGAUGAACAGGGCGCUGCAGCCAUUUACGCCGUUCAGCUCGACGACUUCCUGGGUUCCAGUCCUGUCCAGUACCGUGAGGUCCAACACAACGAGUCCAACACCUUCUGUGGAUACUUCAAACAGGGAGUCAUCUAUAAACAAGGUGGCGUGAGUUCAGGGAUGAAACACGUGGUGACAAACUCAAGUGAUGUUCAGAGACUGCUGCAUGUCAAGGGACAGAGGAAAGUCUCCGCCAAAGAGGUGGAAAUGAGCUGGAGCAGUUUUAAUCUUGGAGACGUUUUCCUGUUGGAUAUCGGAAAAACCAUCAUCCAGUGGAACGGACCAAACAGCAACACACAGGAGAGACUGAAGGCGAUGUUGUUGGCGAAGGACAUUCGUGAUCGUGAGCGUGGAGGACGUGCUGAGAUCGGACUGAUCGAGGGUGAUGCGGAGGACAAAUCCCCUUCUCUGAUGGAGGUUGUGUGUGGUGUGAUCGGGCCGCGACCCUCCUCUCUCCCGAACGGAACCUCGGAUGAGCAGGCGGAUCGAGAACAGAUGUCUCAGGUCACGCUGUACCAUGUGUCUGACGCUGAUGGGGAAAUGAAGGUGAGGGAAGUCGCCAGCAGGCCUCUGGUCCAGGAUUUGUUAAAUCACGAUGACUGUUAUAUAGUGGAUCAGGGCGGAGUCAGGCUGUUCAUAUGGAAAGGGAAGAAAGCAAAUAAAGCAGAGAAGCAGGCUGCAAUGUCCCGUGCUGUGGAGUUCAUUAAGCAGAAAGGUUAUCCUCACAGCACUAAUGUGGAGGUGGUUCAUGAUGGAGCAGAAUCAGCACUGUUUAAACAACUGUUCCAGAGCUGGAGUGUUAAAGAUCAGACUGUGGGGAUGGGACGCACCAGCAAUGUAGGCCGAAUCGCCAAAGUGACACAGGAGAAGUUUGACGCCACGACGCUGCACGUGAUGCCUGAAGUCGCCGCCCAGCAGAGGAUGGUGGAUGAUGGGAGUGGACAAGUGACGGUGUGGAGGAUUGAGAAUUUGGAGCUGGCUGAAGUGGAGAAGGAGCUCCAUGGGUAUUUCUACGGAGGCGACUGUUACCUUAUCCUUUACACAUACGAAGUUAACGGCAAGAAGAACUACCUCCUGUACAUGUGGCUGGGUCGACACGCGUCCCAGGACGAGAUCACGGCGUGUGCGUUCCAGGCGGUGACGGUGGAUCAGCAGUACGAUAAUCAGCCUGUUCAGGUGCGAGUGACGAUGGGGAAAGAGCCGAGACACUUCAUGGCCAUGUUUAAGGGCAGGAUGGUGGUGUUCGAGGGAGGAACCUCCAGGAAGUCAGAGGUGGUGGAGGAACCCCCAGUGCGUUUCUUUCAGGUUUCUGGAACAGAUUCCUACAACACCAAAGCGAUCGAGGUUCCAGCCGUAGCAGCUUCUCUCAAUUCUAAUGAUGUGUUUGUGCUGAAGAGUCAGAACUCCCUGUUCCUGUGGUAUGGCAAGGGCUCGAGUGGAGAUGAAAGAGCAAUGGCUAAAGAAAUGAGUGCUUUCCUGGGACGGGGCCUUCUUGAGGAGAUCAUGGCUGAGGGACAGGAACCCAUCGAGUUCUGGCAGCUUCUUGGAGGAAAAACUCCAUAUGCAAGCGACAAAAGGCUGCAGCAGGCCAUGACAGAUCAUCAGCCUCGUCUGUUUGAGUGCUCCAAUAAAACUGGGAAAUUCAUUGUCACUGAAAUCUCACAGUUCACUCAGGACGACCUGAACGAGACCGACGUCAUGCUGCUGGACACCUGGGACCAGGUGUUCCUGUGGAUCGGAUCUCAGGCGAAUGACACGGAGAAGAAGGAAUCCAUCACCACAUGUCAGGAAUAUUUACGCACUCACCCCGGGAUGCGAGAUCUCGACACUCCCAUCGUUCUCAUUAAACAGGGCUUCGAACCCCCGACCUUCACCGGCUGGUUCCUGGCCUGGGACCCGAGCAAGUGGAGCGGCGGGAAAACCUACGAUCAGCUGAGGGAGGAACUCGGAAUUGUGACAGAGGCAGUGACCAUCACCAGCUCCAGCACCAACAACUCAGCAGGACGAGUCGUUAAUGGCGUGAGUGCAGGUUCUCAGGGGGGCAGCAGUGGUGUUCAGGGGGGUAGCGGUUAUCAGAGCGGCUCUGCAGACGAUUGUAAUCGAGUGUAUGAUCCUUUUCCUCUCGAACAACUCAUCCACAAAACAGCUGAGGAGCUUCCAGAGGGAGUCGACCCCGCUUGCAGAGAGAAACAUCUGUCAAAUGAGGAGUUCUUCUCCGUAUUCCAGAUGUCUAAAGAUGAGUUUGCUGGCUUGCCGCAGUGGAGACAGCUGAACAGCAAGAAGAAAUAUGGAUUAUUCUAAACGCUUUGUGUUUUUGUGUUAAUGUUCUCAGUGAUGUUGGAGUUACACUGCUGUAUACAGGUAGUGUUCAUGUUGGGAGUUAAGAAUCCAGCACUAUUUUAUACCUGUGUGUAAACGUUCCAGAUUUAGAAACUAGAUUAGCCGUGCCUGAAUCAGAUGUGUACUGGAUUAUACUGGAUUAUAGCUGAUUAGAAAGUGAGGAUCUUAUUUUAUUUGUUGUCUCUCAUGGUUUAUGGGGAUUAUUACAGAUUACAGAACUUUUCAUGCUUUCUAACGCUAUAGUAACAUCCUGAUGGGGUAUAUUUAUCCAUCAGUGCAAAACUGCACAGUCCUCGUGUUUUUUUAUAACAACUUCAAUGUCUAAUAAUCAUAAAUAAACAGAAUGAUACGA